GGGUUGCUUUGCGGCUGGCAACUUCAGCCGUGGUGUGUACUACAGUAGUGUGGCGGUAGCCUCCUACCCCGCGCCGAGAUGAGACAGAAGAGGAAAGGUGCAAAAAAAAAAGCGGGACGAGGGGCAAGGGAGGCGGUGGAUGUCCCGCGAGAGCAGGCCGAGUCUCCCAUUCCCACGGGAUUCGGCUCCCUUGUCCGGAACGCUUCGACUUGGGGAGAUCUCAGCCCUGCUGAGCUGAUGAUGCUGACUAUAGGAGACAUUAUCAAGCAGCUGAUUGAGGCCCAUGAACUGGGGAAAGACAUCGAUCUAAAUAAGGUCAAAACCAAGACAGCUGCCAAGUACGGCCUUUCCUCCCAGCCCCGCCUGGUGGAUAUCAUCGCUGCAGUCCCUUCUCGCUAUCGGAAGGUCUUGGUUCCCAAGUUAAAGGCAAAACCCGUCAGGACUGCCAGUGGGAUUGCUGUUGUGGCUGUGAUGUGCAAACCCCACAGAUGUCCACACAUCAGCUUCACAGGGAAUAUAUGUGUAUACUGCCCUGGAGGACCUGACUCAGAUUUUGAGUACUCCACCCAGUCUUACACGGGCUAUGAGCCAACUUCCAUGCGAGCUAUCCGUGCUAGAUACGACCCUUAUCUGCAGACAAGACACCGGAUAGAGCAGUUAAAGCAGAUUGGUCAUACUGUGGAUAAGGUGGAGUUCAUCGUAAUGGGUGGAACGUUCAUGGCCCUUCCGGAAGAAUACAGAGAUUUUUUUAUCCGAAAUUUGCAUGAUGCUCUAUCGGGCCACACUUCAAACAAUAUUUACGAGGCAAUCAAGCAUUCUGAGAGGAGCUUCACGAAGUGUGUUGGAAUUACGAUUGAGACCAGACCGGAUUAUUGCAUGAAGCGGCACCUAAGCGACAUGUUGACUUACGGCUGCACGAGACUGGAGAUCGGGGUGCAGAGUGUCUAUGAAGACGUGGCCAGGGAUACCAACAGGGGCCACACUGUGAAGGCGACAUGUGAAUCAUUCCACCUGGCCAAAGACUGCGGUUUCAAAGUGGUGGCUCACAUGAUGCCUGACCUGCCAAACGUGGGACUGGAACGAGACAUCGAGCAGUUCAUAGUGAGUUUUUUUGAGAACCCUGCUUUUCGUCCUGAUGGUUUGAAGCUGUACCCCACCCUGGUGAUCCGUGGGACCGGGCUGUAUGAGCUGUGGAAGUCAGGACGAUACAGGAGCUACUCCCCCAGUGACCUGGUCGAGCUGGUGGCUCGGGUCCUCGCCCUCGUGCCCCCGUGGACGCGUGUGUACCGAGUGCAGAGAGACAUUCCAAUGCCCCUCGUCAGCUCAGGAGUAGAGCAUGGGAACCUGCGAGAGCUGGCAUUUGCAAGAAUGAAAGACCUUGGAAUACAGUGCCGAGAUGUGAGAACCAGGGAGGUUGGAAUCCAAGAAAUUCAUCACAAAGUGCGGCCAUACCAGGUUGAGUUGGUCCGGAGAGAUUAUGUUGCCAAUGGAGGCUGGGAAACCUUCCUGUCCUAUGAAGAUCCUGACCAGGACAUUCUGAUUGGCCUGCUGAGGCUACGGAAGUGCUCUGAGGAAACCUUCCGAUUUGAACUGGGCGGAGGCGUUUCCAUAGUCCGGGAGCUCCAUGUGUACGGGAGCGUAGUCCCUGUCAGCAGCCGGGACCCUGCUAAAUUCCAGCAUCAGGGCUUCGGCAUGCUGCUGAUGGAAGAAGCGGAAAGAAUAGCUCUGGAAGAGCAUGGAUCUGGGAAAAUCGCCGUUAUAUCAGGGGUCGGCACCAGGAAUUACUACCGGAAGAUUGGCUACAGAUUACAAGGCCCGUACAUGGUCAAGAUGCUAAAAUAAUGACCACACCAGUCUACCUUUGUGCAGCAUCCUCCCUGGCAGAAGACCACAAGUAGGGUCUCUUGAGUCCCCAGUAGAGGCCAAGCAAGUAGACGGACUGACCUGCAUGUCCCUCCUCCCCACCCCUCCGCCCCCGUGAAAUACUUCACCCUCCCUCCGCGGCUGCUAGCUCCCCGCUCUAGCCUCCGCCUACAGGCCGGAGCCGCCCUCCUUGUGUGCCCCAGAGUCACUUGUGGUUUGGAGGCUUAAGUGAUUGUCUCGGUUUCUAAAUUCUGCAUGACGGCUGCAGGUGACCAUUUGGGCUCAGCACUGUGACAAAAGCAAAUCAACUCCCUAGCCAUCGUCACUUGUCAUUGUCAUCUGAGGGGCGGCCUUGGGAGAAGAGGAAGCUGGACCUGUCAACGUGACUCUGGCCUUUAACUCCAUGCACGUCCGCCCUGGCAUUGAGAAAAGAUUUGUACCGGAAGCCAUUUGGUGGCUGUGCCCAUGUCUUGAAACGUGUUGGGGGAAAGGAGAGCUGAGGUGGGGGAUGUGUUGAUAAGCUUGGUGCCGGCCAUCGCCAGCCAUCAUGUCAGGCCUGCCCUCCCCCUGGCUGUCCCAGAAGCCUUGGUCUCACAUCCAUGCCCCCGACGCCUGCUUCCUCCAGUGUGCUGGGCUCGCUCUGCACCAGCCAGUUCUUCUGUCCUGAGCAGACAGGGUCCAGUGUGCAUAAGUAUCUCUGCAUGCUAAUUCUGUAAGGUGGGUGUUGACGGUGCUGCAUGGAGACAGUGGAGUUUGGCUAGUGUGUAAAAGCAGGCCUGACGGACCUGCACAGAGCAAGUGGGCCUCCCAAGGCUCCUUCGUCCAGCUAGGCCCCUGAGGAGACCAGGCUCUGAGAGCCUGCCUCACCGGGCACCUGCCAUUUCCAACUGUGUGUAGUGAAAGUUGUCCUCUAAAAGGUCUGAAAAAUAAAGUCUUUAGCAGAAAAGA